AUGGAAAAAGAUCUCGUACAUCAUGGCGGGCUAGAACACCGUGAAGUUCACAAUGCCUACGGUUUCUACCAGGCUAGUCGGUUUCGCUUGCACGAAUCCACAUAUGCAGGUCAACUGAGUAGAAGUAAUGGUGAACGACGGCCAUUUGUGCUGACACGUUCAUUCUUCGUGGGCUCUCAGCGAACCGCGGCUAUAUGGACCGGGGACAACAAAGCUGAAUGGGCUCAUCUGAAGGGAACAAUUCCUAUGCUCCUUUCUCUCUCGUCCGCUGGUUUCGCCCACGUAGGCGCCGACGUUGGUGGUUUCUUUGGAAACCCUGAUGAAGAACUUUUGGUUCGGUGGUGA